GCCAUGAGGCUGAAACCGGGGAUCAAUACACCGAGAGACCACAGCCGUAGGGACGACACAGAGAGAUAAUAACGCACAGUAAACGUGAUAUUUACUUUACACCAUUUUUAUUUUUUACAUUUUACGCAAGUACUCGCCGUCAACGAUGAUGAACGGACAGAUGAACGGGUUUCAUAACUCCCUCAUCGACGAGGACUGCUUCUUGUUCACCUCGGAGUCGGUCGGAGAAGGACACCCCGACAAGAUCUGCGAUCAGAUCAGCGAUGCAGUCCUAGACGCACAUCUCAAGCAGGAUCCAGAUGCCAAAGUUGCAUGUGAGACUGUUGCCAAGACCGGCAUGAUCCUUUUGGCAGGUGAGGUGACAUCUCAUGCCACAGUGGACUACCAGAAAGUUGUUCGUGACACCAUUCGUCAAAUUGGAUAUGACGACUCCUCUAAAGGCUUCGACUAUAAGACCUGUAAUGUGCUUGUGGCCUUGGAGCAGCAGUCUCCUGACAUCGCUCAGGGCGUUCAUGUCGACCGCAAUGAGGAGGACAUUGGAGCAGGUGACCAGGGCUUGAUGUUUGGAUAUGCCACUGAUGAGACAGAGGAGAGUAUGCCUCUGACAAUUGUUCUUGCCCACAAGCUGAAUGCUAAGUUGGCUGAGCUGCGACGCAACGGCACCCUUCCAUGGCUCCGGCCAGACUCAAAGACACAGGUUACUGUCCAGUACCGUCAGGACCGUGGCGCCAUGCUUCCAGUGCGCGUGCACACAAUUGUUAUCUCUGUUCAACACGAUGAGGACAUUUGCCUGGAGGAGAUGAGAGAUGCCCUGAAAGAAAAGGUCAUUAAGACGGUUGUUCCUUGCAUCUACUUGGACGAUGACACCAUCUACCACCUGCAGCCUAGCGGGCGAUUUGUUAUUGGGGGCCCACAGGGUGAUGCUGGCCUGACAGGGCGUAAAAUUAUCGUUGACACCUAUGGAGGCUGGGGUGCCCAUGGAGGUGGGGCCUUCUCUGGAAAAGAUUACACAAAGGUGGACCGCUCCGCUGCUUAUGCUGCACGCUGGGUGGCCAAGUCUCUGGUGAAAGCUGAGCUCUGCAAGAGGGUGUUAGUCCAGGUUUCCUAUGCCAUUGGAGUUGCCCAUCCCCUCUCCAUUUCAAUCUUCCACUAUGGGACAUCCAACAAGAGUGAGAGAGAGCUGCUUGACAUUGUGAAGAAGAACUUUGAUCUCCGCCCUGGAGUCAUUGUCAGGUAAUGUGUGGCCUCUGAAGCCACCUGCUACUCACUGACAGAGCAACUCCUGGCUCCGUCUGUUUCCCAUGUCUCUUCUUGUCUUUUCUUUUUUUAGUUGCCCUUUCAAGGAUUUAGUUUAGUCUAUAAAUGUAUUGUGAUAGAAAGCUUUGAGUUUGCCACAUCUUUAUUUAAUUACAUAGCUUAGUAAUAAAAGUUGCACAUGUGGGCAUUAGUCGGGGCAAAGAUCUCAUUUAUUAGGGCAGAUGUUUACAUUUGGCAUAAUGAAGCCUCGUAGCUCAUAGUUAGCUCAAGUUUCUUUUUUUUUUUUUUUAAUUUUUUAUAAAUUUGAGUGUGGUUUCUGAAGCUGCAGUCAGCCUACUGCUCAAGGAUGAGUUUGGUUGGCAGGGUAAGUGUUGAAGUGUCAUGUGGUGGUUUUGUUUUUUUUCCUUCACCAGCAGGUCUAACAAACCUGAUAUUUUUUUGUUGUUGUUGUUGGUGGUGGUGGCUCUUGACACUGUCCACUGGCUAAUGUCAGUGUUAUACCUGUGUGAGUAUGAAUGCAUGCAUCUAAGCUCACUGGCUGUUACUGCUGCUAAAUGUGUUGAUUAUGUAUUCCAGGGAGCUGGAUCUGAAGAAGCCCUUGUAUCAGAGGACCGCGGCCUAUGGCCACUUUGGCCGAGACUCCUUCCCAUGGGAGGUGCCCAAAAAACUCAAAUACUAAACCUGUUAAGCUUUUCCCCCCAGGCUUGUUGGUGUAUACUACAGAGAAGCCUCCAAGUUCCGGGGGGUGAAAUGCCCUUAUCUCUUUAAUAAUGGUACCAUUUUACACAUGACUCCAUCCCUCCUCCCUCACUCCACCUCCCUCCUCUUGUCUGUCUUUCUGCUGGUUACAUUAUCAUACUGGGUCUCAGAAACGUGGAUGUUUUUUUAUUUUUUUUUAAGAACUGGAUGGGUUCCAUGAACUCAUGCACCAUAGUGCUUCAUGUUUUCCCACGUUUUGACGUUCCCUUGCUUCCUGUUGUGAUAGUCCCUGGAUAGCUGUGGUUCGGUUGUUCUUUUGGCAUUCCACACUUGGUAAAUUUAGUCAGUUUUCUAUUUAGUGUCAUAGUGGCAGCAUAUUAGGUGAUAUGCGUUAACCCUCUUAAUUUACUGGUGCUACUGAUGUAAGGAGUCUGCGCAACAUCUAAAAAUUUGCAAGUCCAUUUUAGAAGCAAAAGCUGACAUUGGAGGAUCCUCUGAUCUUGCAAAACAAGUUAAGCUUCUUGGUAAACAUUCCCCUUUGUCAGUCUGGUAUAAUUAUUCCUUGACCCAGUGUUCUGUAUCCCAUUUUUGUUAGCUUUAUACCCUCGUCUUUGUGGAGGAUGCUAGAAUGGCACAAUUAAAAUUCAAGGGUUGUUGCUGUUUUCACUAAAAAAUGCUAUGCAUUGCAGGCUAAGGGGCAAGUCAAAUCCUAAUUAUUCAAGCUCUCAAAUGAGCGUAAAGCCUCAGAUGCCCCUGCAGACCUUUGCUGUUUUCUGACGUAAUACAGAAAAGUCAGAAGCUGCUAUGUCACUGCUCUGGUCUGCAGAGGUAUUGGUAAUACUUGAUGAUGGAGAAUUGGAUUGUUUGUGCAUUGAAAUUCAAUUUUUAAAUGAGUCCUUUUUUAAAGAAAAAAUGUAGAUUCACUUGCUUUUUUAUGGUUUGAAGUGACUAAAGGCCCUUGUACUCCAUAAGAAUAUUGAUGUCAGGUGUAGCUACAGAGAAACCUGGUUCCCAUCUUUAUCCUUACAGGAGUUUGUUCUUUGCCACAGUCUUAUUGGCUAGAUGUCAAACCUCAAUACUAUUUAUUUGUUCUCUGAAACGCAGCGUGGAUACAGAGAAGCUGAAGUUUCAGAUGGCAGCUUUAAACAUACUUGGUUAUUGAAUCUUGAAUUCCUUUUUGACUUGAUCAUUUUUCAGUGUUUUGGCUUGAGGCUCCAGAGUGUUGUACAGAAAAGCUUUGGUCCGCCUCAAUGAGAAAGUGUCACUGGCUAAUGUUACAAUUUUACAACCUUUUUUUUAUUGGACGGUAGAUAUCAUUUUUUAGAUGGGUUGGUUGUGAAAUCCCAUUUUAAAAUGUCUGCAAUUCUUUGACUCUUACCUGUCCUCAUAAAUGGGAUGGCAACGUUGGUUGGUGUAGUACAGAGAAACCAGCCUUGUUUACAUAGCCAUCCCAUGUGUUGGAUUGAGGUUUGGAGUUAAGGUUUUGUUCCCUUUUUACCACUCAGAGGUCAUCCCGUUGGUUACAGUAAGUGUAAGAGUGCCUUUUCUAUUUCCUCUGCUCCCAUUUCCUUUUCUUCCCUCCCUCCAACAUGCGUUCAACUUCCACAGGAACAAGUAGCUCAUACUGUAUAAUGCUUCAUGUUUAGAUUGAGUUGCUUCCUUAUGGUCUGUAAUAAACAAGUCCCUUCAAA